AUGGCAGUUUCAAAGUUCCUCGAUCCUAAAAAUGAUGUCGCCUUCAAGAAAAUCUUUGGUUCUGAAAAGCACAAAGACAUUCUUAUUCACUUUAUUAAUGAUAUCAUGGAGUUUAAAGAUGAUGAACAAAUAAAGGAUGUUACUUUCCUAAGUCCUGUCCAAGACCCUGAUAUUGCUUAUAAAAAACAAUCUCUUGUUGAUGUUCUAUGUAAAGCUCAAAAUGGCACACAAGUCAUUGUAGAAAUGCAAGUCUCCCCUUCUAAAGGCUUUGUUGAGAAAAGAGCUCAAUAUUAUGCCGCCAAAGCUUAUUCACGACAACUAUCCCAAAGACAAAAACAAGACGGGCUCUAUGCUAACCUUAAGGAAGUCAUCUUUAUUGCUAUUAGUGAUUAUAUUAUCUUCCCUGAUAAAGCUGAUUAUCUCUCUCAUCAUGUCAUCCUUGAUAAAGUUGCUUUUGAACAUGACUUAAAGGAUUUCUCUUUUAGCUUUAUUGAACUACCUAAAUUUAAUAUAGAUAAAAUUGAAGACUUAAAAACUAUUACCGAAAAAUGGUGCUAUUUUUUUAAAUAUGCUGCUAACACAAGUGAAGCUGACCUGCAGAAAAUUAUAGGUAGCGAUCUUGUAGUAGGGCGUGCUUAUGAAGCAUUAAAUCAGUUUAACUGGAAUGAAGCAGAACUCCUUGCUUAUGAGCAGGAAAUUAAACGCAUCAUGGAUAACAAAUCUGUCGAAGAUUUCAUGAAUGAAUCCGCUGAAGCUAGAGGCGAAGCUAGAGGUAUGCAGAUUGGAAAAGCUGAAGGUGAAUAUAAUAAAUCAAUAGAAGUGGCAAAAAAUAUGCUUGCAGCUGACUCUGAUCCUGAUUUUAUUUCCAAGGUUACUGGUUUAUCUAUCACUGAAAUCAACAAACUAAGAAAUGAGUAG